CGUGAGGCAAUAGGAGUUUCAUUCAUUGAGACAAAUGGUGAGCAGGCACCAACAGGCCGGCAGGUUGGCUCUCUUCACAGAGGUGGCCUUGGCGUCUGCAGUCUGGGCAGCUCUCUGCCUCCCUACGGCUCUGCUUCCCAGCGGGCACACAGGUCCAGAGCCUCAGAAUGAAGUGGUGCAAAGGCACAGGGCACACCCAGGAGAAGUGCAACAACCACCAAAAGCCCUUGAGAAGAGACGAGGUUGCUGUGUUAGAGAAAUGGCAACCCCCAGGACCGUGCAUGGCGCUGGCAGUGCGCGGUGGCUGAUUUCCCCCAGGACCGUGCAUGGCGCUGGCAGUGCGCGGUGGCUGAUUUCCCCCAGGACCGUGCAUGGCGCUGGCAGUGCGCGGUGGCUGAUUUUCCCCAGGACCGUGCAUGGCGCUGGCAGUGCGCGGUGGCUGAUUUUCCCCAGGACCGUGCAUGGCGCUGGCAGUGCGCGGUGGCUGAUUUUCCCCAGGACCGUGCAUGGCGCUGGCAGUGCACGGUGGCUGAUUUUCCCCCAGGACCGUGCAUGGCGCUGGCAGUGCGCGGUGGCUGAUUUUCCCCAGGACCGUGCAUGGCGCUGGCAGUGCGCGGUGGCUGAUUUUCCCCAGGACCGUGCAUGGCGCUGGCAGUGCGCGGUGGCUGAUUUUCCCCAGGACCGUGCAUGGCGCUGGCAGUGCGCGGUGGCUGAUUUUCCCCAGGACCGUGCAUGGCGCUGGCAGUGCGCGGUGGCUGAUUUUCCCCAGGACCGUGCAUGGCGCUGGCAGUGCGCGGUGGCUGAUUUUCCCCAGGACCGUGCAUGGCGCUGGCAGUGCGCGGUGGCUGAUUUUCACCAGUUCCUCCUGCCCCUGCCUCUGUCGGAUACUAGAAAACAUCAUUCUCCCCCUUCAGGUCUCCUUUUGAAAGAAAAGAACUAUAGCAAAGCAUGCCAUAUAAAAUCAAAAAAAGGAAGAGUGGCUUUGUGUUCUUGACCGUGGCCACAAUUGUGGUCACUUCUAGCAUCUGACCUUGAGAAUAGGGUAGGGCGUCUGAGCCACCGCUGGCCUUUGAGAGGGUCUCACUCUCCAGCUAGCUCUUUGUGUAGUGUCCAGGGCCCCGGCAGUCAGGAUAGAGCAAAAGAAGAUGGGCAGGGCGCAGUGGCUCACGCCUGUAAUUCCAGCACUUAGGGAGACUGAGGCAGGCAGAUCACAAGGUCAAGAGAUCAAGACCAUUCUGGCUAACAUGGUGAAACCCCGUCUCUACUAAAAAUACAAAAAAUAGCUGGACGUGGUGGCACGUGCCUGUAAUCCCAGCUACUCGGGAGGCCGAGGCAGGAGAAUCGCUUGAACCUGGGAGGUGGAGGUUGCAGUGAGCCGAGAUCGCGCCACUGCACUCCAGCCUGGGCGACAGAGCAAAACUCCAUCUCAGAAAAAGAUGGCCAUGCUGGUCAAGGCUGGGCUCAUAGGAAACAUCUAUAGUUGGAUGAAAGGAAUCUGGCCUAGGGAGCCCUGGACUCGGUUUACCUACCUCCUGCUCAUCCCACUCAUCUGUCUACCCUAGUGUCCAGCAUGCCCCGGAUGAAUUGUAGGUGGGAGGGACACAAGCCAAGAACACCAGGCACACGGGGUGGAGGGAAUGGAGGGAGCCCAGGUGAUCCCCUUUGGAAGGCAGACUGAUCCUCUCCCCUAUGGAAUGACAGCUUAACCCGAUUAACCCACUGGGGCUUGCUGUUUUAUGAGCAUUUUUAAACAGAAAGAUGAUAUCCCAGUGCAGGGAGACUUUAGCUUGGAAAGCAUCAUGGCCCGUGGCCCCUCCCUCUGCCCCAGAACCUUGGCCGGCCAGAAUUGAGUCUUCGCAUUGGGGAGGCCACAGUGGAACCAUUGCUCUAGGGCUGAAGGUAGAAGUAGGGCCCCUGCCUCAGCUUCAGCCAGAGCACUCGCUGCUUUGCAGAAUUUCACAAGCGCACGACUGGGAUUCCUUUGUAUAUGAGAAAGGAAGGCAAGCGCCGGCAAAGGGAAGCUCCUCCCAUUUUUCAUAAACAGAAAUAAGACGUCCUGUUUCCCAGGUUUGCACAAUCACUUCUGGCAAGUGAAUUCUGGCACUUGAAUUCAGCCAGUGCACGAAACCUUUGCAUGUUCUUCUGAAACUGUACUUCUUCCCCAUUCUGUCUACCCACACUCUGCGAACUUUGCCUUUUCCUUAAACACAUUCCAGACCAAACACUGUUCAGUUUGUUCCAAAAAAAAAAAAAAAAAAAAAAAAAAAGAUGUAUAUACCUGUAUGUGAUCCAUCACCCUUUUGAGGGGCACCUGGUCCUAGGUUGGGGCUGCAGGUGUGCCUGACAUUUGCAAAAGGUAUUCCAGUCUUUCUAUGUUCAGAAUUGAAAAUGUGGAGAUAGAAAAGCUCAAACAGACUCCUAAAAGGAGGGUUUCUUUCCUGAAGACUCCAAGAAAAUGAGUGUGCAGAUGAGUUAGCUUGACAACCUCAACUGCGGGGAGCAGGCAGGCGGUCUGAGGAAGAGAAGGACCCACGCCCCACUCACGGGCACCUGCUUGGUGGUCCCAGGGCAUCACGGUCUGCAGCCUGGGCCCCCAGCCCCACUGUGAAGUCAGUCCUGCAUGCUGGCCGAGGCCUGGCCACCUCCCGAUGCCUCCAGAGUCAGUGGGAAGGAGUCAGCCCUUCCCGGACUUCCCCACCACCUCCAGCAGGAGCAGCUCAGUUUGUGGCUCUGGGAGCUCCGCUUUUGCAAACCCAAAAAGGCUGUGCAUUUGGAAGCCAAACGCUCAGCAUGCGGCUGCCGAGUCUGGUUUUGUGGACAAAGCAAACUGUGGAAUGGCUUCUCGGUGUCUGUAUAAAGGGACAAACGAUUGCAUUCACCCUUUGUACUAACACCGCUUCUGCAUUCGCCAUAUCCGUUUUUUAACCUUUUUGUCUCCGGGGAACUUCUCAUACGAUUAUUAUGUCUUCUGAUGAUUUGCCAUGUUAUUUUACUUAAUGGUGAUUUUAUUUUCUUAUGGACAGGAAAAAAGAACAUGAGGAGGAGUUGGUUUUAGUCUUAGAGAUAAGUCUUCAGCAGGGGCUCAGAAACCCCAAACUCUAGUUAAAUUGCUUCUCAGAGGAAAAUCUUAGUCUAGACAGACUGAGAUUCCCAGGCUCUCCUGGAAGCCCUGCACUUUGGGGCACAGGGGCACUGGGACGUGGUUGGCAGCCAGGCUGCGAGAGAGCUAAAAAAUAACACGAACAUCAGCGCGGAUGUUUAUCUCUCGGCCCUGACGCCUGCCACUCUCCUUCCCGGGGCGCUUGGCCCUAUCAGAGGGACAUGAAAUGCUGUCCAAAUGGUGGGAGAAAUGCAGUGACACUGCAGCAGAGUCUUUGCUUUGGAAGAUGGGGUGCCAUGUUUCAGAGAACAUUUAUCUUAGUCCCAUGUUCAGGUGAGAAGACCUCAAAGGUACUCUCUGUCCAGAAUAACCAUUGGAACAGUUUCUUAAUUGGCUUUCGUCACUACACAUAAUGUAAUCUCCCUUCUUUCAGCUCCCCCAACAGUGAGCAUGCUUCCCAAAAAAUUACAACGUCAAAACCAGGAAUGUCCCCGCAUCUACUAUUACCAGGCUUGCAAUUGGUUCAAUUUUCCCAUAAAAACAUGUUCGUUCAAAAGAAGGGAAACUGUGAAUUUAUUCCAUGCAUGUAAUAAACUCUGCAAGAAGUUUAACCCCCGUAGGUUUGCGGCACUGCAAAAUUGUUCAUGGGUCUAUGUAGCAAAUGAUUCUCUGCCUUGACAAUCAUGUAUACAUAUCAAGAUUUCUAUCAUAAUGAUAAUGAGAUUGAUGACUUCUUGUUUUCCUCCAAUAAAGACAAUUAAUCACCUUCA